CACAAAUAACUAGUGAAUCUCCCAUAACAAAUCAUAUAAACAGCAGAAGCUAAGAGCUGUUUUUUUUGGUGGGAGUGUGCAAGUGAAAGUAUGUGUAAAAGUACAGUAAAAGUGAAAGAGAUUUGAAUGCUUAACUAGUGUGACAGUGUUCACAAGCAACAGCAGGAAAGACAAAGACAGUAACUUGCAGUUUUUCUUCACAUACACAGUUUUUCUGUACACAGCUGUAACCCUUGUGACAACUUCAAGCCCUCUGCACACUUUUCAACUGAGACAGGAGACUUUAGACAGAAAAGGAGAGAAUAAUGGCAACUGUCAGCAGCAAUGAGUUUCAUCUUAUUGUCCCUGAGGAAGCUCACAGUGCUGAGGUCAAACUGGGGUCUGAUGUCACUGUACCGUGUCACCUGUCACCUGAAAUCAGUGCUGUUGACAUGGAGAUCAGGUGGUUUAAAGAGACGGACUGUGUGUGUCUCUAUAAAAACAGACAGGUGACAGAGGGGAGGAGCUACAGGGGCAGAAAAGGUCUGUCCACUGAGGACCUGGACAGGGGAAAUGUGUCCUUGAAGUUGAAAGAGUUCAGAGAAUCAGACAUAGGAGUUUACCUGUGUCAGGUCAUCAGUGAAGACAGAACAGAGGAGAUAACAAUAGGAGUAGAAGAAGAAGAAGCAUGGAAAGACUCUGAUGUCCAACCUGUGAAUCAGCCAUCAAAGAUUCAAGGUAGACAAGUUCAUCUGACACUACAUGAGUCAAACAGUACUUGGGAAAGAGAAUCAGAA